AUGUUUUCUCGGGUUAGGACCACUCAGUUUUCCGAUUCAACUUCGGAGAUUGGAUAUUUACAGAUUCAUCGCAUUCCUCUUAACCGUACAGCAGUGGUUGAAGUUCUGAAUGCGGAAUCACCAAGCUGCAUAUGGGUUCGUCUUACUAACCACAUCACAGAUAGCGGUUCAGAGUUUUUGAGAAAAUUCGAGUACUGUCUUGCACCCAUAAGGGAGAGGACGUAUGCCCGGUGUAGAAUAUUGGAAGUACGCUAUUUCCUUAUACUUCGCUUUUCCGUGUUUUUCAUCGACGAAGCUGUGGACGCUUGGUUGAAGAAAGAUUGCUUAGCACGUAUGCCGAUGGACUUCGCCUACCACCCUUGGCAAGCUAUCAUGAUUUCAUUGGCCGGCAUGGGCCAUCGCCCACUUCGUCCCCGAAACCAGGACACGCCAGCGUGGACAGCAGAACAGUGCGCAUGCUUCCGUCAAGUUCUUGAAUCGUUCGAGCUACUGAAAACACGAACAGUGAGGUCUUCGAUUGUCUACAAUGACUACAGAAGACCAAUCAUGGUAAGGUACCAUAUCUACAUCACCUGCAUUUUGGCUCGUGCAUUGACCAACGCCGAAAGCUUUAGCCUUUUUAUCCUCUACAAAUGGCCAGUACGGCAAUACAAAAAUAUUAUCGUUCACAUAAGUUUCUGUCCUAUCUACAUCAUCGACGAAAGUUCUCUUUUAAGGUAUCGUACCUCUGAAAACGAAUACUUGGUAAACAUCGAAGGUUCACAAACUCAAUCUCCUUAUGAGUUUUAUGCUAGGCCAAUCAAGAGACAACGAAUUACUACCAUUCGGAGUGAUGCAGGUGAUCUCGAAUUGGAUGACGACAUACAGUUACAAUCGGAAUGUGAUGCAAUGCUUAGCGCUAAUGAAGAGUUGAGAAAAUACGCCCUAAUCCUGGACUCAUUCUAUUCACUGGCAGUGAAUCGAAGUCCCAUUGAGAAGAAUCAAUGUGUUCUGUCCAUCAGAGUUUUGUCCAGUGAGAACGUGCGAGUGUUCGCAAUUUGUGGUUGUUCUGAGGAACGUGGUGCGUUUACAGGAGAAUGGCAACGUGUCCUCUCAUGUAAUGAAUUUGCAAAAGUCCUAUUUCUUGACUCUGGAGGAACGGGACUCGUUCUACCCCAAAGCUUAUACAGAAUCCAUCCCGACCACUGUACCCAUCCAGCUAUGUGCAUGCAGUUAUGCAUGUAUGGAGUGAGGCCUAGUACUGUCAGUGGUGGACUGGAAUGGGAAGAAGGAGCCAAGGUCGUGUGGAGGGAAUUGUUACGAGAAGACUUACCUAUGGUGAUAUGGAUUCCAAGUAUGCCUUUCUUAAAGUUUUCCAUUCCUUUCUAA